GAAAGUUCAAAAUGGCGGUCAUUUCGGUGAAUGUCGAUAUGUAUUAGCAAGAGAAAAUGUACUCUGGAAAACAUCUGAACUUAUCGACGUCUAAACAGGUAUGUAGCUGAUGCAUAUACGACAAAAAGUGUGUCUUCAAAGUGGCAACUUAGCAUUUUUAGGCGAUUUAAUCCUUUAGAAAUAAAAACGCUGCGUUUUAUAAGCUCAAGUUAUGCAAUCUGUGUGUAUACUGCUAACCCUUUGCUGAAAGUUCAGAUUUUUAAAUGCAGCGGAACCCUGAUAGAAUAUAGGGAUACUCCUGUAUACCGUUAAGAAUUCUUAAGCUUAAGUUGUGAAGUAAGUACAAUUUUACAUUUUUUUGCCUUUCUUAGAAUAAGCCAGAGAUGUAUACAAAAGCGACAAAAGCAGUAGAUAAAAUGAAAUUGUUACGAUUAUUGUAAAGUCGUUAAAUUAAAAUUGAAAAGACAUUCCACAAAUCAAUCAAAAACUUCCAAUGUAAAGAGUUACAACCUAACGUCCACUCGGUGUUUAAACUAUUUUAUUUUUAUAGUUCGGUGAUUUUGUUACAAUAUUAUUUGCCGUUUGGGCCAUUGCGCAUGCAUUAAUUUAAUAUUCUUUUAUCCUUACCCCCCCCACCUCCCCCCCUGCUGAGGACUUACUUUUUCUUCUUAUCCCUGAAGAUUGGCUAAAAUUGCAUUCACUCCUGAAGACUUCCAGAACAUUCCUGUUUACUCCUGAAGAAUAUGGGUGUACCCUGAAGAAUUUUGUGAAAAUUAAAGCUUCACCCCCAAAGAAUUCCAUAGUUUUUUACUCUACCCCUAAAGAAAUCCUCAGUUUUUAAAACUUACCCCUGGAGAAUUGCAUUCUUCAACCAGGGCAGAUGGGGAUAUUAUGAACAGUUAUUCCUCGAGCCCGAGUUGGCUCUGAGUCAAUAGCCCAUGAGGCUGAAGGGUGAAUGGGCUAUUGACUCAGAGGCCUAGUAGUAGCUCAACCAAUCAGAAUGCAGCACUGAUAAUAGACCACUAGUUGGAUUUUACUAAAAUGCAGUAGCCCAUUAGUGAGUCCAAUACAGAAACGUGCCCAUUGAGAAACCUCGCCCGUGAAAAGUGGGGUACCCAUUAGGCUUUGCGAGCAAAAACGAGGUUUCAAAGACUACUGUCAUUUUCGGUCUCUUAUGAACUUCAUAGCGGUUAACUAUUCUCACACUUUCAAGAGACAAUGCAGAAACAAUAGAAAUAGGUUGCCAUGGUUUUAAGUGUUGGAAUGUCUUUGUCAUUGCUACAAAGAAGAAAAUGUUUAAUAUGCAAAAAGAAGCACUUUUCUUCCUUGUGCACUAACAUAAAACCCUCGCGAAUUCAGUAGUCUCGUGCGAAUUGUUUCGAUGGCAAAACAGUUAAAGCCAAUCAGAAACCAAAGUAUUCUUCACUUAAAAACUCAUCUUCACGAAAAUCACUCGACAAGAUUGAAUAAAAAUGUUUGCAGCGUUUAUAAAUAUUAUUAUCAGAAGUGGUAUUGUAGUUGUUUUCAAGAGACGGAUUAGAUCGCUGUUUAGGUUUGGCCAUUAAAUAUGUAGUUAUAGCGUUCUUAGAGAAAGUAUCGCUCUUAAUUUUGCCUUAUACUGUGCUAAAAUCAAUAUCUUAAAUGAAGAAUGUAAGUGAGAGUGCUUUUUCGUCGAAUUUGCCCGUAAAUUUUAAGGUUUAUAAUAUUAUCCAAAACCCGCGACAAAAUGUAAACAAACUAUUAAUGCAUCGGUUGCGCUCAUAUUUCAUCGAUCGAUUCAAACCAUGAAGUUUGUAAAAGGUAAAAAUUUGUUUUAAGUCAGUGCAUUGAAUUAUUUACGGCAAAAUCAGCAACAAUCAUUGAGGAUUUUUCAAACAGCAAAAAGUCACAUGCUAAUUCGGAGUAAUUAAUUUAGACAGUUUUUAAACAGACUGAGCUAUUGUUAGUCGCGUGAAGUUCUAUUCUUCAUCGAAGAAUAGGCAAUUGUUGCGGCUGUCUGAGCAGGAACAAUAACCAGGAAAGGGAUAUACCCAGGGGAUUUUCUUGAUUGACACUAAAUUAACGUCAUUUUUCACUUAUUUGCAUUUUCAUGAUCGACGUUUUUGAAUGGGCGCAUUUCUGUAAUGGUUGGACUCAUAUCCUGAAAAAUUAUCAGUCCCAGUCCAGAAUCAACGAGUCCGAGUUCAAAACCCAACAAGUCCUUACUAUAUUAAAAGAGAUCUGUCAAUGUAAAAUGCAGAGUGCAGGCUAUUGUUUUCACCUUGCAAGUGAGAACAUGACAACAAUAGUCCCAUUGUUUUCUAACCCUAGAAUCAACAGUCUUCAGUCAGCAGUCCACAGUCUGCAUUUUAUACUGUCCAAAUAUAAAAAGAUGCCAGAACUCUUAUAAAACCAGACAAUCACAUUUAAUCUGCAGUUUACUUUCAAUAGCAAAGCACUUAUCUCUGUAAUACACUACAGUGUAUCGAAAUUAAAUAAUUAUUACAGUCUUCCAGAAAAAAAUAGAAAAAUGUUAUUUUACGGACAGCUUAAAUUCAACCCAUAAAUGUCUGCCUCUUCACACUUGACAGUUGACUGAAAAGAUCUGAUAAAUUAUUCCAAUCAUAACUUAUGCUCAAGCAGUGCCUGAGUUAAUUUCCUUACUUGAAAGGAUGUAUGCCCUUUCAAACCUUCAUUUGGAUAGGACAUAUUAGAAAAUUGGUUGGUCAUUAUUAGUGUACCGUAUUUACUUGAACAAGUGCUGUGGCACUUUUAAAAAUUUUCACACCUCAAAUUUGGUGCUUAUUCGAGGGCAGCUUUAAAUGCAAUAUUGUUAUUUCCUGUAUCAAAGUGACAAAAUUGAUGUCUUUUGAUUUUGAUCAUAAAUACAACGCUUAUUCGAGGGUGUCGCCAACUCAAGUAACUGUUAUGGUUUGCCUCAAAUCACUUGAUAGUCCAUGGCAAGAAAACCUAAGCAAUACUUCUCGGUAAUUGCCCUCUGAUUGAUUGAUUCCAGACACAAUUUUGCAUAAAUCUCAAACUUUGAAAAACAAAAUAAAUAGUCUAAAUAGACUGGUAGAAUGUACCAUCUGGCAAGUUCAUACAAUUUUGCUUUGAUGUAACUUUUAUUCAAGUGGAAGCUGGCAUAAUUCACAGAACUGAAAUGUUGGUUUAGAACAUUUCUUCAGAUUUAAUAAUACAUGUAGUGCAAACCUCAUUUGUAAUUAACCAAAUGGAAACCAAAGCAGUGAUAUGUACAUGUGUUGUAUUGAAAAUAUUCUAAAAAUCAGAAAAAAAUGCUUUACAUGUAUUAAGAUGAUUAGAUUUCCAUGGAAAGUAGGGCCCAGUAAUGAGAGCUGCUUUGUUUCGGCGGAUACUGAAGACAUUUCGAGUUUCCUCAUAUUAGAUACUCUUUCACUGCAAUGCAAUGUUUUUCUUUUUAUCUUUCUGUUUUACCUUUUUAAUGUUUUUGAAAUCAACUCAGAGAUGUUAAGAAGUUUCUAAUUUUUUAUUAAGUUCUGGGACAUUAUACAUGCCUGAACAUAUGGCAAUAUUGGUCCAACAUUUUGAAAGUUUUGAUCAGACAAUGUCCGAUGUCCGACAGUAAUUGCACACAGGCUAGUGUUUCUGCUAGUAUCAUAAACUUUAUAGAAUUAGUUAGAAGUAUGUUUUGCCUUAUUUCUUAGUUUACAGCAAUUAUCAUACUGAGGGAUUAUUGCUGUCUGAUAUACUGUAAAAAUUGCAUACACAUCUACAAGUUCAUAUGUUACAGGUCAAAAUUGUAUUCAGGUUAAAAUUUUUUAACCUCGGUAGAUUCUCAUAUUUCCUUUGUCUCCUAGCCCUGAUUAUUCAUGCCAAUUAGGAGACAAAGGAAAUUGAGAAUCAACCCAGGUUAGAAGAUUUUAACUUGAAGUUAAAUUUAACCUUUAAAAACAUAUGUACAAACAAUCCUUCAUAAAGUCACUCUGGUUAAACUAUUCACCUGUGUUCUGAUAUGAAAACCCCAAAAACCCAAUGGGAAAAAAUUGGGAACAUUUUUCAAAUGAUGCAGUCACACAAACCUUUAGAAGCUAAAGGUAAAAAAUAAAAAGUUUAAAGUUUAAAGGCUGAGAUGAAGCAUUAAAACUGUCACAACCAAUAUACACCAAAGUACACCGAGUUCACGUAGUUCUGCUGAAUGUAAAUACAUUUGGGACAAAACUGCAGAGAAAAUCUUCUUUUCUGCCUUUCUAUACUGUUGGCAUUCUGGCAAUUCAAGGAGUUCACAAAGGAUUUUAUUUUUUUGACACGAACAUUGCAUGCCAUUUGCAAAGAGCCUGGACAAUUCUCAAUGCUAAACCCAACCACAUAUGUUGUCCAGCCCAUAUGACACCAAAUAAUUCCUUCUUCAGCUUUAACACAUGUACAAUGGAUUUUGUAUUACUGUAUUCAACUUUCUAAAUGAUCACACAUUGCUGCAAUUUUCCUCAUUUGGACGUGCUCAUGCAUUUGGGCUUUUUAGAACCUUUGACCUAUGAAUUGAUUUUGUUUAUGAACAACACAAAAAAAAUGUAAGAAAGACAAAAACAUACUUUGGGCUGAGAUUUUGCUGCAAACAUUCUUGAUUGGAUGCCAUUUGACAGCCGGACUUUCACAGGUGUUUAAUUUUUCCAGAAAUACUAAGAAGGCUGGAUGCAUCCUGAAUCCCCCUAGGCAUUCCCCCCUCCCUUCUCCCUUGUGCAUGCUGGCCAGAUUCUCUUUCCCCUUCCCUUUUGAAAACCUGCUAUGCAGGCUAGGCAUGACAAAAAGAAUACAACUUGACGCUACAAUAACUGGUACAUCAAUUUAGCUACUGCUAAAAAAUAAAUGUUAUCAACUGGUCAGCAGGUAACUUCCAAAAACUAUGUGACCUUGUUAGGUAGAGAACCUGAGCUUCAAUAUGGUCAUGUGACAUGGGUCAGUGGAUGCCCUGCAACAGGGGAAACAGGGUGCGAAGAAGGUCAGUUUUACAGCCUGCCAUUCGGGCACGCUGUAGCUAACAUGUACUAGACCACAAGUCAUUUCAACUAGCCCCAAAACCCUUUUUGAUUAGCAGCGUUGAUUACAAUUCUUCUGUAAUUUGAAUUUCCCCCCAAAACAGCACUUGCCCGGGCAAGUUAAGAAUAAAAAUCACUAGCCCCGGGCUAUUGGACACGGCUUUCUUUGCACGCUGAUGUGGUUUGAAAGCUGUCAGUGGACUUUCACGUGGAUUGUUGUAGAUCACUUUAAUAAACAAUGACAGCAUAUCGCCAUACUGUGGUCAAUUUAAAAGAACUUUUACAAGUGUAGGGUCUUGUUUUUAGAUUUUAGACUCUACAACUAGCAACAAUGGCCACACUGUAACACUUUUACCUUUCACCUCUUUUAUGUUUGCGCCGUACGUGGCAGUUGCAGACGUGAUAUGGUCUUGUAAUACUGGUCAGGGGAUACCUUGUUUAAACAGCUGUUAACUUACUAUAAUUUGUACCUGCGACAUCAAGUUACUGUUAAACACAGACCCCCCCCCCCCCACCCCCUUCCCCAGCUUUUUUCCACAGGCUCCCAUACGUAGGAAAGUAUUACAUCUCACAUUGGUAACCCUGUGGCGCAGGCAGACAGACAGGCGUAUGUUCACGCGACUACCAAAAUUCCUUAAAUGGAUAAAAAAACGUAUUUUGUUACCCAUGGGGCUCCACGCACACUGCUUCACUGUGCAGGUCUCCACUAUAAUCCAAAAAAAUCAGCCCCUUGUUUGCAAAGUUAAAUUUGGCGUUCUAGAUUUUGAUCAGAAGACAUUCAAGUCUCAACUUGAGCAAGUUAAUGGCUCUAAAGGGUCUGGAAUUAAUGAUCGUCUAGGAUAUUUCUGUCAGAAAGUAAUUUUACAAGGCAUUUUUCGAAUUCUCUUCUUUCAAACAGAAACAGAUGCCGGAUACCUUCACUUGUGAUCAGCAAGCCAUUUAAGGAUCAAGAAAUACUUUUUUACAACAGUGUACGCGAUGUCUGUGUCAAGGUUUUUGGCACCUCGCUGUGGGAGAAUUGCUUUGGUUUCCUUUAAACAUGGUGCCAGGAAGUCAUUACCUCCACUAACUGCAAAGAUUUUUCAGGCUCAAUGCGAGUCAAUUGCAAAUUGGAAACACAGCACAUGCAAUGCAGGUUCUUUAUUCCAAUGCGAACAAUUAUUGGAGAAAGUGAUCUUGCUGCCAACAAGCUUCGUGAUGCAGAAAGCUUGGUGUCAUUCUAGCCCCAAUGUACCACUUUUCUAUGCCAGGGAAAGGGAACUUAAUAACGAGAUAUUAUCUAAAAAUACCAUAAAUGACCAACUGGAGUUUUACCAGGAUAACAAAGACCAGACAUCGCUAGUGAACAGAAUCACAGUCCUUCACAGCAUUGCAAAGAUUGCCCAUAAAUACAAGGCUGAAAAAGGAGUUCUGCAGAGAGAAAGAGAAAAAGCAAGAAAUGGCCAGGAAAGUGCGUACUUCGAGAUCUUAGACUUUAUUUCUGACAACAUUUCAUCCUGCAAAGCUCAAGGACUUGCGAACAUUAUGUGGGCUCUGGGGAGAACUGGAGAUAAAACGCACCCUCUGGUUCAAAUCUGUGAAGAAGAAAUCUUAUCGCACGACUUUUCCCUGUUUCAUACAUCUGAGAUCAACCAGAUUUUGACUGGUUGUGCGAGCCUAGGAAUGAAAGACUCCAAGAUAUUUGAGCGAGUUCAGGAGUCUAUUUUGAAUGAGGUGAUCAGGAUAUCAAUCUGCGAGGCACGUCAAAUAAACGGAAUACUCUUGGCUUUCGCCAAGGUGGGGCGUGGGUCCUCCGAGUUCUUUGAUCACAUAGAGUAUGAAAUUAUUCAGAGAGAUUUCAAGAACUUUCACAAUGGACAGAUCGUUCAGUUCUUGUACACGUUUGCCAUGCGUGGCGUUUUCUCCGAUGUCUUGUUCGAGAAGGCUGAGGAAGAGAUAUUACGACGCUCAUCGGUAAGACUUCGGAGGAAAGAGGUAGUGAUGAUGCUGUGGGCAUUCGCGACCGCAGGAAAAGGAAGCAAGGAACUUUUUGAGACUUUUGACAAGGAGAUAGUUGACAACAGAAUCAAAGAUCUCUUCACCACUUCUCUGUUGUGGAUUGUUUGGUCAUUUGCAACAAGGGGAAUGAAUGAGGGAGAGGUUUUCAAAGCCGUAGCAGAGGAGAUCUACAGGCGAGGAUUUCCCCAGCUUACAAACAGUGAAGUAUCGCUCUGUAUGUAUUCUUACGCGUUGUCAGAAAUUCCCUGCCAAAGAUUUUUAAAGGAACUAGCGGCACAAGUACUGGAUAGAGACUUGGCAGAGUUUCAAGGCGAUCAGCUAAGUCAGGUUGCAUGGGCUUGUGGCAAAGAAGGAGUGAUGAACUCUGAACUGUUUUCUCGCUUAGAACAGGAGAUUUUGAAAUGCAAGUUUUCAAAAAAUCAAGCGGAUAUGAUCAUUGAAGGGUUUUGUAAUGCCGAUAUGGGAAGUGAAAAACUUUUCUCACACUUACAAGUAAUGAUCCAGCAAUCAGUUUAAUUGAGAGUUGAACUCUUUAUUUUAAGCUUACCUAAAUACUGAUUGAAUUAGAAUAUUAGUUCUGACAGUAAAAAACACUUGCCUAGUCCCUAAGCCUCAUUAUUCCGCGCGGUCAAAGCGUUUCGGGUCACGUGGUCCAAGCGAAAAUGUUCGCCUUGGACACGUCACCGAAGUGAAUUGACCGAGAGGGACUGGGAAAACGCCGUACAAGGACUAGGCAAAAAUAAAAAAAACAAACAAACGAACACAAAGAAAGGGUUACUAUGAGAUGCUUCUGUUAUUGGAGGUUCCCG